UUGGUAAAUAAACAAACAUUAAGUGCGCGGACGCAGUACCAUCGCAGCGGUGUCGACAUAAAGGCGACUGGCGAGUGGCGAGUGACUGAAUGUAUACAUAUUACAUUAGGCGAUAGGUAUAUAGCCAAAGGUUGCUGAUUGUUUGAUAGUGAGGCUCGGAAGCGCGAGAUUGCCGCCGGUCCACCGGCGACCGUCUCAAUCAUUCACUAAAAUGCUAACGACAAGUUCCCUCGUGGUUCUGGCGCUCGCAGGAUGCGCAACCGCCGAUAUCGGCAACGCUUCGCCGACCGAAGUCAACAGCACGCUACCCGCCGAACAAUAUUUUAUGGAAAAGAUAUUCACCAAAUACGGAUCUGAAGGUGUCAUCAAUUUUGAAGGCUUCGAGCAUCUCCUGGACAGUUUGGGUCUAGGUGGACGUGUGUUCAACUCCCCGCACGACUUGGCACUUCACAGAAUUAACGGAACCUUCAAGCAGUUGCACGACACCCAGCAUCGUCAUAAAAGAUCCCCAGCUUCCGCUACAGCCAUCCUGAGAAAGCCAUGUCUGUCGCCAAGAGACCUUCUCGCCGUGUACGGUAUGGAAAAGGAGCCUGGAGUCAUCACCAUCGACCCAAAAACCUUUUUGGAAAUGUGCCCUGCGCUUGUCUACCAAUUAGAUCAGAAGACCUGUUACAAGACAGAUGUACCAGCACCAAAAUUAGAUAGAAUUUGGACAUGGAUAUAUGCAUCACUGAGCAUAUUAGUCAUCAGCGCGACUGGGCUACUGGGAGUCGCUAUAGUACCAAUGAUUAAGUCAGCCAUGUUCAACCACGUCUUGCACUUCUUAAUUGCAAUAGCAGUUGGUACUCUAUGUGGCGACGCAUUACUCCACCUGUUACCUCACGCUUUGAAGUCUCACGGAAACCCAUAUGAACCGGAGGAAGAAUCUGAAGUUAUUCUAAAAUGCAGCGUAACAUUUCUUACAAUAUUACUAUUUUACACCGUCGAAGCCGUAAUGCAAACUUUAAACGGAGGUCAUUCACAUUCACACGACAACGAAGAGAGAACGGUUGAAGAGAAAGUAGAAUCUGCAAAACAGAUAGAAUCAAUUGAGCUCGGCGCUAUUAUGCCAGGCUCGCCUCCUCCGCCAGUUGAGCGUCCGAUGACGUCUACUGCAUUGAUGGUCAUCGUUGGUGAUGGCUUGCACAAUCUAACAGAUGGACUCGCUAUAGGGGCUGCGUUCAGCGGUGACCCAGUAACAGGGUUUGCGACUGCUCUAGCAGUAUUCUGCCAUGAGCUACCACAUGAGCUUGGAGACUUUGCAGUGCUGUUACGUUCAGGAAUGAGUAUUAAACGCGCUCUUUAUUACAAUUUGCUGUCGUCAGUGCUAAGUUUUAUAGGCAUGGCUGUUGGUAUAUGGCUUGCGGAAGACCACGAGUCGGCUUCCCAAUGGAUAUACGCCGCAACUGCUGGUACAUUUUUCUAUAUAGCUUUAGCCGAUUUGGUGCCAGAAAUAAAUGAAAACAAUAAGGGUAAAACCUCGCAUGUAGUCGUUGCAGUCCUUGGUAUUUUAACAGGUGGUGUGAUAAUGCUUCUUAUAGCCCUUCACGAGGACUCUAUACAAUACUUAUUUAGAAGUGCAGAACAGUGAGCGUAGCUAUAUACGUAAGUACUGGAAACACACGAUUAAGUAGACUCUGUACACUAUUGUGAGAUAUAAAUAUAUUUGUGUACUGCCGAAACAAUUAUAUUGGACCACGAGUAUUUCAGAUCGUAAUUUGUACUUGCUAGGAUAGAUUUUUAGUGUAUAAUAAUAUCUAAUUAAUUGUACCUUAUUGUUAAGUAAGUAUGUGUAAGCAAUUAAGCAUGCAAAGCCUUCAAUUUUAGACAUUAUAUUGGUAAUUUGAAGAAUGAUGUUCCUACUAUAAUUUGUUAUAUUAACUAAUAUUUAAGUAUUGUUAGUUGUUCAAAACAAUAAAACUAGUUAGGCUACGUAUAAUUUUUAUUUAAAUGACUUAUAUAUUGAUAUGAUAAUUCAGAUUGUUGUUAAGAUUAUGCUUUUCAUUUCAUUUCAAUAAAUAGAAUAUAUAUAAUAUAAUAGUCAAUAAAAUUGAACUGAAACAACAUGUAACAUAAUUACAUUAAGAAUAAUUUUAUAAUAAAACCAUACACUCAUUAAAAUUUAAGAAAUUAAAUUUCUUAACUAUUAUUAAUUAACGUACUUAUCUGUAUAUGCGUACAUAUAACGUUUAAUGAAUUUUUUUACUGUUAUGUACAUAAUUAUAUCAAGAGGUUUUUUAUCAAAUCAUCAUCAUAUUUACACCCAUCCCAAUAAUUAUAGAGCAAUGUUAAUAAACAUGCGUGUAGAAAGUCUUAACUGAUGAUUGAAAUUUUUAAAUGUUCAAACACGGACUAGUAAAAAAAUAAGGACUCCGUGUCACCUAAAAUAACAGUCUAGCACCAAAACAAGCUAAUUAACGUGUAAAUACAUAGCCCCACGCACACACACUACUACAGGCCGUUAGGCGGCCAUUAUGAGAAUUGUCAUCGUCUGUGACAGAUCAGUUUGCGUCUCAAUAAAAUAUUUUAAAAAUGCCGUCGUGCGUUGUGAAAAAGUGUAAAAACGAUACCAUAAAUGUAUUUGUAACCAUAUAUGAUUAUUUGGGAGAAAAAAUUGGGUAACUAGUAUCUCCCGUUACCGCACACACUAGCAUAAAAGUGCUUCACUUGCUAAUAUAAUGGCGCGGAGUCCUUUUUUUACUCGUCCGUGAUGGCAAAUUGUUUUAUAUAAGUGAUUUUUUUUAUGAUUACGGUUAAGUUAAGUAAGCUGUGCGUUCAUAUAAUAUUGUCAUUGUAGCUCUACGAUGUUUAAUAUAGAAUAAUACCUCAUAGUUAAUUAGUUUAUUAAUACCUAAUCUUGUAUUUGUAAUCAGAAAAAAAGUUUCGUUUACAAUUUUGAAAAAUAAAUUCAGAUUCUCAGGAAAGCCGAAAUGUCAAUGCAGUUAUUAGGGUUAAGAUAUGUCUGAACAAAUGUAGUCUCUGGAACCAUACGCAUAAUAAUAAAGUAAUACGGAUAGGCUCUUAAUGUGAUCUUAGAAACUAAUUAAGAUCAAUAAGUACGUAGGUUCAAUACAAGCACUGUAUAAUGCAUCACAUUUGAGUUAAGCUUCUAGAGAUAGAAUCUAUUCUACAGUCGCAAGCAAAAGUUUGGAAUCACUUACUUGAAAUUGGUUCCGCGCGAUCUUGCUUACUAAAUAAAGUAUUAAUUAUAAUAAAAAUGACAUCACUUUAAAGGUUCAACUGUCAACUUUAAACCAUAUUAAUUCAAAUCGAGCCAGUAGUUAAGGAGCUAUCCCGGAUAAAGUGAAGGAAUAAUGAAAAAGACGUCUUUCAAUUAUUGUUUGAUACGUCGCGAGUUGCGACCUAUUGACCCCGUAUAGAAGCACCUGUUAUCGGAUUUUCUUUAUCAGUCGGCUUUCACACGUUGACCGGUGCACAUCUUCGCUACUUUUGACCCUUUAUCUUGUACGACAAUGGAGACGUGGAUCUUUAAAAUGAUGUCAUUUCUAUGAUAAUUAAAAAUGUAUAUAGUAUGCAAGAUCGCGCGGAACCAAUUUCAAGUAAGUGAUUCCAAAAUUUUGCUCAGAAUGUAUAUUUACGAGGAAUUUUCUGUUCAUAUAUUAUUAUAUAUAAUAUAUGUUAUUAAUUAUUACAUAUAACUAUAUGUUUAUUACAUAAGUUAACUAUGCAAUAUCGUUAAUAAAUUUUAUUAUUGGAUGAUAUACAUGAGUAAAAUUUUAUUGAUUACCAUUAAGAGUUAUAUAGGGAUGUACUACUUACGAUGAAUUAUAGAAACUUCGUACCUUUUGAAUAAUAUAUCUAAAUUACAUUUUAAGCCGACUAAAUAGGGUCACCUUUUAAUAACGUAUAAUUUUGUGAGCAUAAAGGGUGAUCUGAAACGUGCAUUCCACUCUUUACGAUAUUUUAUACUAGCGACGUAGUGCUCCGUAGUACCUAGUUGAAUAAUUGCUGCCAAUAAAUGUUUCUUAUUAUUUAA